AUGAGUACUUCAUACAUUCGUCUUUAUAUUACAAUUAUUAUUUUAUCAAUUUGUUUCGUUAUUAAUGCACAAAGUGAUCCCCUUUAUACUUUGGAAUCAACUAUAAUUUCUCAUGGUGGACAAGUACUGCGAAUAACUGAUUCACAAUACAAAGCAGCAGCUACUCUUCAUAAUAGAGCAAUACAAACGUGGCCUGAUCUCAUAUUACGUCCUGCAACUUUUGAAGAUGUUUCAUUAGCACUUUCAACUCUUUCUUCUCUUCGAAUACCUAUUCGUAUAAUGGGAGGCAGACAUAGUUAUGGUGGCUAUUGCAGUCAUCAAGGUAUAGUUAUUGAUUCUGCACUGUUAAAAGACCUCAAAUUUGAUUGGGCAACUGAAACAGUAAGAAUGCAAGCAGGUAUUAUAUGGGAUGAUGUUUAUAAAGCUUUAAAUGGAUCGGAAUAUGUUGCAAUGGGUGGAUUAUGCCCGACAGUAGGUGUUGUAGGGUUUACAUUAGGAGGUGGUUAUAAUGCGAUGUACAGUCGUUCGUAUGGUUUUGCAUCCGAUAAUGUUCUUAACUUUAUAGUAGCAUUAUACAAUGGAAGUGUUGUGACAGCAUCACCUACAACAAAUUCCGACCUUUAUUGGGCACUUCGUGGUGGUGGAGGAGGAAAUUUUGGUUAUGUUCUAGAAAUGACACAAAAAAUACAUCGCAUGAAUGGAACAAAAUUGCCUUAUGGCCAAUUUUCAUUUUUAAAUAUUACUUGGGUAAAUGUAGACAUUAGAACAGCUCUUACCAAUUGGUUAACAUUUUUAAAGAAUGUUGCUGAUGACGAUACUCGUAUUUCUUUCAAUGUAAUUGUGGCUGUUAACAGUGGAGGUAACUUUCUUAUGAUGUACUGUUCCUUUAACGGACCACAAGUAGAAAUCGAUUCAGUAUUUGAACCAUGGCUAUCACAAAAUCCGAAGCCAACCUUUUACAGUGUAUUCAACUAUACACAAAAUGAUAUAAGUAGAGUGUUGGGUAUUCCAUUCCCUGUAGUAAAUCGAGAACAUGUUUUAUCAGCUAUGGCUAUUAAUAUCACUGACGCUAUGUUGGAUGUUAUUUUGAAUUUUUAUCCUGAUUCCACUGCUGAUAUUGGAUCAUGGACGGAACUUAUUUAUCUCCAUAAUGCGAACAAAGAUAAAAAUACCGCCUAUGCUUUUCCUGAUAUUUCAUUUGAUAUUGCUCCAGGUGUUUCAUGGAGGAAUCCCGAUACUGACCCUAAUGCAAUUGAAAUGAGUGAAAAAUUCUUAGAGAAGCUAAUAGCUGCAGCAGCACCUACAAAAAGUAUUGUUGGAGCAUAUCUUAAUUAUAUUGAUCCAUAUUUACGAGAUUGGCAAACCAUGUAUUAUCGUAAUAAUUGGGAUCGUCUACGAGAGAUUCAAACAAAAUGGGAUCCGACAUGGUAUUUUCGCUUUCCACAAGGUAUUCCACCCUAUAAUAAACAGCUGAACGACAGCACAGUAACUAACACAAGCGUGAUUACUGUUGGUAGCCUAAUUAUGCUAGUAUUGUCACAAUUUUUUUCUUUCAUGUAUUAA